AAACCAAACGUGUCGUCUUCUUCAUCAGCUCUCCCUUCCUCUUCCUUACACCACUCGCAAAAGCUCCAAAAGAGGGGUACCAGGCCGCCCUCGUUCGAAGUUCGAACCCCUCCCCGAUUCUCCCUCCCUCGAUGAACGCGUCGCAGUUCAUGGACAAGCAGAUCAUGGAUCUCGCGUCGCAGGGGUCGGCGCCGAGCAAGGACUUCAUCGAUCUCGCCGCUGACCCCCGCGACCAGCACCGCGGCAGUUGCCCCGAGGAGGAGCGGGACCACGCGGCCGGCCGCGGCGGCGGCGGCGGCGCGGAGGAGGACGACGGCGGCGGCGACGGCGACGGCGACGAUGGGGUGAGGAGGGAGGAGAUCGUGCCGAGCUACGAUUUCCAGCCGAUUCGACCCAUCGCCGUCUCCGGCUCGCCGGCGCUCGGCUUUGACGGUGGAUCCGCCAGGGCGUGGGGGUCCCUCGAUCCCAUGGCCAACGCGAACGCCGCGCCUGUCCGGAACUAUAGUUCACUGGAUUCCUUUGAACCUGCAAAAAUCAUUGCUGAGAAGGAUCAGCAUGCCUUUGAUGCAUCAAUGGUGUCUGAGAUAGAUCGAACAAUGAAGAAGCAUGCUGAUAGCUUGCUGCAUGUAUUGGAAGGUGUUAGUGCACGGUUGACUCAGCUGGAGAGCAGAACUCGCAACCUCGAGAAUUCUGUUGAUGACUUGAAGGUGUCAGUAGAUAACAAUUAUGGGACUACAGAUGGGAAGAUGAGACAGCUGGAGAAUAUUCUCAGAGAUGUGCAAGGAGGGGUGCAGGUUUUAAAAGACAAACAAGAAAUUAUGGAGGCUCAGUAUCAGCUCGCAAAACUGCAAUUAUCUAAGGCAGAGCAGCAGCAGGAUAAUCAGAAGGCUUCACAUGUGGAUUCCCAACAGCCAGUGCCAUCCAUUCCUCAGCAAUCUCUUCAGCAGACUUCUCAUGCUAAUUUUCAACAACCUUUGCCUGCUCUGCCCACCCCUAAUGCUCCUCUACCGCCACCUCCUCAACAAAGUCUACCGCCUCCAGUUCAGCUUCCAAACCAGUUUCCUCAGCCACAGAUUCCUCCUGUUCCUCAGCGUGAUCCUUAUUUCCCACCCCCAGCUCAAGCCUCAGAAGCUUCGAAUCAGCAGUUCCAUCUUCCUCCCCCCCAGCAGCCACCUCCACCUCCACCUCAAGCAGGUCUGCCUCAUCACCAAUACCAAACAGUUCCUCAACCUCAGUUUUCACAGCCACCGCCUCCACCACCACAGCACCCAAGCAUGGCACCGGUAAAUCCUCCUCAACCACCAGUACCCCACCAUCCCGAAGAGACGCCAUAUAUUCCAUCCCAGACCUACCCCCCAAGCCUCCGUCAGCCCCCUGCUCAGCCACCUAGUGGGCCUCCUCCGCCCCAACAGUUUUAUGGGGCUACCCCCCAGAUGUACGAGCCACCACCCAGCAGGUCUAGUUCAGGAUUUUCUGCUCCAUACAGCCAGCCAUCUGGGCCUAGUGAGAUGCAGUAUGGAGGAGCUCCACAGUAUGGUAGCGGCUCCCCCAUGAAAUCUCAGCAACAUUCACAGAGUGGUGGAAUUGGUUAUCCACAGCUCCCAACUGCUCGGGUACUUCCUCAUGCUCUACCCACCGCAUCUGCAAUGAGUGGCAACUCAGGAUCCAGUGGAACUGGAAACAGGGUUCCUGUAGAUGACGUGGUUGACAAAGUGACAAGCAUGGGUUUCCCGAGAGACCAGGUUAGGGGUACUGUUCGGAGGUUGACCGAGAAUGGACAGCCUGUGGAUUUGAACAUAGUGCUAGACAAGUUAAUGAACGAUUCUGAUGUCCAGCCCCCUAGAGGUUGGUUCGGUCGAUGAUGUUGUACUGUGAUGCUCACCUCUAUACGGUUGACGGUUGCAUCAUGACUUGGCUACUUCACUGAAAGGAGCCAUUUUCUCACAGAUCAGGUUUCUUUGCGCAGUGGAUGUUCUGUAUCUUUGUUCAUUCUCCCUUCUCCCUUCUCCCUUGGCUUUUCUAUUGUGUUGGUAAGUGACGGCUCUAGUUUGACUUGGUAUUCUUGCUUGCCUGGCUCUAUCUAUGACCCUGUUUCCAUCUCUUUUUGUGUAUACUCACUGAAAUUCAAAUUGUUUUCAUCGCUUUUACUGUUCACAGUUAUCA